GCCAAGGAAUCAUUCUUUACUGUAGCAUUUACUCUCCCCUGCGAAAACCUCCCAAAACCAGUCCCCGAUGAAUCCAAUCUUUAAUGACCGUCGUUCUUCCUAUAUAUCACCAGAUAACCCUAGCGUUCCUCUCCGGAUUUUGGAUGUCUUGCACCAAAACGACGACGAUUUCGAGGAGUUAUCAAUGGACGACGGCGGAGAAGGGUGUUGGGUGUCACAGUACUCAUCGCCGCGCCGGAUUAGUUCGGUCCUUAAGCGGUGUUUCAAGGGGAAGAAAAGUAACGUGGCGGUGAAGAAUGAGAAGAGAAGGGAAGAGGUAGGGAGGGAGGGGUUAAAUGACCAAACUACGGUGGCUGUGAGCCGUUCGAUUGAGGGUUUCAACGGUGUAAAUCCGUCUGCAUCGGUGCAGGAUGAGUCAAGGCAGUGUACGAACGAAAUGUCUUUCAAUUUGGGAGUUGGGUGUUACCUGUUACAUCUCAUUGCUGCAAGUAAAGAAGAACUUAAUAAGAUGAUGGAAUUGCGGGGACAGAUGGAGGUGCUAGUAGGAAAUGUGAAAAAGGAAUUGGAAAGGAAAGAGACAUAUGCCUAUUCCACCACAGAUGCCCAAGAAGGUCCAAUUUGUGAUGACGUCCAACUCUCUACUCAAAUCUUUGGGACAUCUUAUGGUUUGCGAGAAUCAUCAACAACCACAGUAUGUAAUCAGUCUUUGAAGUGUUCUUCGCAUAGACAGGAUGGGUGUUCAGGAGAAAUGGAUCAACUUGAAGUUGAACUUGAAGCAGAGUUAAAACUUUUGCAACUCCACACGGCUUCAGAGAAAAGAAGGGAACAUCCGCACGAAGAUGAGAAAUCUCAAGAUACUGUCAUAGAAACUGCAUCUCCAAGAAGCUGCGGUGAGAGCUCUGGGGAAGUCGUUGACCAUGUGAAUGACGCUGGCAAUGGUGUUUACGAGGGUGUUUGUCCUUAUGAGCUUGAGAGAAGAUUGCAUGAACUACUUGAAGCCAGACAAGAAGAGCACAUUAGAAAGCUGGAAGCUGCCUUAGAAUCUGCCAACCAUAAGAUUCGCGAGAAAGAAAUAGAGGUUUCUUGGUGGAAAGACACAGCACAGCUUAUCUCACAUCACAUCCCAGAGACUUCACGGCUCAGUUCCCAGCAUGAACCAGAUUCUUGUGACAUGUGAGCAUGAAAUUAGAUGGAUGAGAGCUAUAUGUCUGUCAGGUUGCUAUGUAUAUCUGCAGUUGGUUUUUGUGCUUUCAAUGAUUCGAGUUGCUUUGCCUUUUCUGCUUACAAAAUGCACAUACUAUGAGAAUUGAGAAGACUUGCUCAAAGAAAUGCCUAAUGAGCAAAUAGGAAUACACAGUUCUUAGGGAAUACUGGAAACAUUCUUUAACAUGAGUUAUAAGCUUUAGUUGUUCCCUAGUCUUUUUGCUUUCUAUAUUGAGCAAUUACUCAUUGUAAAGUGUUACUUUCUUCAUUUCUCUAGAUCUUAUGGGGACAGUACAAUUUUAAUUGAAAACUGAAAUUA